AUGGCGAUCAAUACGGAAAUAAAUAACAUCGAAAAAGAAGAUACAGAUGUACGUCUCCUUCGAGAAAUGGGUUAUACACAAGAACUCUAUCGUGGUUUUUCACCAUUGAUGUCAUUUGCUUUUUGCUUUACUGCUGUCAAUGUACUUGCAUCAAUCUCUAUAGGUUUAACUUAUUCAUUAACUACAGGAGGAUCAGGUGUGACUUUUUGGUCAUGGAUCAUUGGAUCCGUAUUUACUAUUCUUGUUGGUCUUUCAUUAGCUGAAAUUUGUUCAGUUUAUCCAAGUGCUGGAUCUGUUUAUCAUUGGGCUGGUCAACUUACAUCUGCUAAACACGCACCAUUAGCAUCCUUUAUUUGUGGCUGGUUUAAUUUUAUCGGAAAUACUGCAGGUGAUGCUGCAUUUUCAUCUGGCUUUGCAACUAUGGUUAAUGCUGCAAUUGUACUCAAUGGUGGAGAUUCAUUAAGUACUGGUGUUCAAGUUGCUAUUGGUAUUGGCAUAACAUUUGUAUGGUCUGUUCAAAAUGCACUUCGUAUCGAUCAACAAGGAUGGUUAAAUAAUCUGGCUGCUUUUUUUCAAAUCUCAUCGACGAUAGCUAUUGUCAUUGUUUUAUUUGUUAUGGCUCCACAACGAGCAGCUGCUAGUGAUGUCUUUACAUCGACAUAUAAUGGUACUGGUUUUCCAAUUGGCUAUGUAUAUUGUAUUAGUAUUCUUUCAACAUUAUUUUCAUUUGCUGGUUAUGAAGCUGGUGCUCAUUUAGCUGAAGAAACAAGAGGGGCUGGUCGAGCAGCUCCAAAAGGAAUUGUUGGUACAUGCAUAUGUAGUGCACUCGUUGGUGUUGCUUAUAUACUUGCUCUUCUUUUUGCUAUACCAGAUGUUGAAACAUUCGUCACUAAUAAUAGUGGAGAUAACGCGCCACCAAGUUUAGUUGUAGCUACAUAUCAGAUAGCUGCACCAGGAGCUGCUGCAAUGGCAUUAACUAUUCUUCUUAUUAUCAAUCUUUAUUUUGCUGGUAUGUCUUCUAUCACGGUAACGAGUCGUAUUGGAUUUGCAAUGUCUCGUGAUGGUGUUUUUCCAUUAUCAAAAUAUUUACGAUGGAUUUAUAAAAGAACACAAACUCCAUUAGCUAAUAUAGUACUUAUAUUUUUUGUCGAUAGUUUAUUACUCUUACUUCAACUAGCAUCAACAACCGCGUUUACUGAUAUACUUUCUAUUGCAACAUUUGGUUUUCAAGUGUCUUAUUUAAUGCCGAUAUUUCUUCGUUGUACUGUGGCUCGUAAAACAUUUGUCUUAGGAGAAUUUAACUUAGGACGAUUUGGUGUGCCUAUUGCAGUUAUUGCAUCAAUAUGGUUAACAAUAACAUCAAUAAUUAUGUUUUUUCCAGCGCAAUAUCCAGUGACAAAAGAUAACAUGAAUUACACAGUUGUAAUUGCUGGUGGAGUAUUGAUACUUGCUGCAACAUAUUGGUUCAUUUCCGCUCGUCAUUGGUUUGUUGGUCCCAAACGAGUUGAUGCAGAUUCAACGCCAUUACCACCUGCAUAUGUAGCAUCAGAAGAUAACACGACAAAAGACAUGUCGUCUGAGGUUGCUACAUCUCGAGUUUAA